CGCCUCGGGGCAAAAGGGGCGGCCCCGGGGAGGUAGUCGGGAGUGGAGGCGCUUGUUGUGUCAGCGCCGGCCCGCUAGUCCGCGAGAGAGGCGAGCGCGGCUGCUGCUGAGGGGAGCUGCUUUUCCGAGGAGGCGCAACAGGAGGCCGAGCGAGGGAAGAAGACGCCACUGCCUCUCCUUCUCCUCCGUCGUCGUUGCCGCCUUCUUCGUUUCCCGCCAUGGCCGAGGCUCCUCAGCCCGUGGAGACGGACCCCGACUUCCAGCCGCUGCCUCGCCCGCGCUCCUGCACUUGGCCGCUGCCCCGCCCGGAGCUCGCGCCGCCCAGCCCGGGGCAGACUCCGGCUCCGACCCCGGGCAGGGCCGCUUCUCCGCCCCGCUGCGGGCGGGUGGCCGCGGCCCUGUGCGCCGGCUCGUCGCCCGGAGGAGACCUGCUCAGCCUGCUGGAGGCUGGCGGCGGCGGCGGAGAGGGCUUCGAGGCGGCCGCCGCCGACCUGGGCGCCCCGGGAGGCUGCCUCUGCGGAGACUUCCCGUGCCUCCAGCACCCGCAGCAGCAGCAGCACCCGCAGCAGCAGCAGCAGUCGGGCCCGGCCUUGGCCUCGGCGUCGGCGCCCCGCAAGAGCAGCUCGUCCCGGCGCAACGCCUGGGGCAACUUGUCCUACGCGGACCUCAUCACCAAGGCCAUCGAGAGCGCCCCGGAGAAGCGGCUCACGCUGUCCCAGAUCUACGAGUGGAUGGUCAAGAACGUGCCCUACUUCAAGGACAAGGGCGACAGCAACAGCUCCGCCGGGUGGAAGAAUUCAAUUCGUCACAACCUCUCACUGCACAGCAAGUUUAUCAGAGUACAGAAUGAAGGAACAGGAAAAAGCUCUUGGUGGAUGCUCAAUCCAGAAGGAGGCAAAAGUGGCAAGUCCCCCAGGAGAAGGGCUGCAUCCAUGGACAACAGCAGCAAGUUUGCCAAAAGCAGAGGUAGAGCUGCAAAGAAAAAAGCAGCUCUUCAGGCAGGUCAAGAGGGAAAUUGUGACAGUCCAGGCACACAGUUCUCAAAAUGGCCUGCAAGCCCCAGCUCUCACAGUAAUGAUGACUUUGAUAAUAACUGGAGCACUUUUAGACCUAGAACCAGCUCUAAUGCUAGUACAAUCAGCGGGAGGCUUUCUCCAAUUGUUCCAGAACAAGAUGACCUUGGAGAAGCAGAUGUACACACCAUGGUCUACCCUCCAUCCACAACCAAAAUGGCUUCAACUCUCCCAAGCCUUUCUGAGAUGAGUAGUUCAGAAAACAUGGAGAACCUCCUGGAUAACCUCAAUCUUUUAUCUCCUAACACAUCCCUGACCGGAUCAACCCAGUCCCCACCCACUACCAUGAUGCAGCAGUCUCCCGGCUAUUCAUAUACUUCAUCCAACACAAGUAUAGGUUCGCCCAGUGCAGACUACAGGAAAUACAGUUAUGGUCAGCCUAGCAUGAACUCCUUGUCGCAUAUACCUAUGCAAGCUCUUCAAGAUAGUAAACCAAGCUAUGGAAACCUCAGCCAAUAUAACUGCCCUGUAGGACUUCUGAAGGAGUUGCUUACUUCUGACUCACCUCCACACAAUGAGAUCUUGGCAUCUGUAGAUACUCAUGUUUCCCAGCCUAGUGGCCGAGUGCUAGGACAGAAUGUAUUGAUGGCCACUAACUCUGCAAUAUCACCAUAUGGCAGCCAACAGGCCCAUAACAAAAUAAUUUCCCCCAGUGCCCACCCACACCAGGGACAUGUCCAACAAACACCAGCAGUUAACAGCCAUACAUUGUCUCUCACACUUAGCACUGUGUCUCAUGCAUCGAGUUUAAAUCGUUCAUCCGCCGCGAAAAACUCAGUACAAGUGCCUAUGAGCCACCCAAUGCAGAUGAACAGCAUAAACCCUUAUACCACUGUGAACAGCUGCAAUGGCUAUGGAAGAAUGGGAAUUGUCUCUUUCCAUCAGGAGAAGCUUCCCAGUGACUUAGAUGACAUGUCGAUUGAACGAUUGGACUGUGAUAUGGAGUCAAUAAUUCGGAAUGAGCUCAUGGAUGGGGAAACAUUAGAUUUUAACUUUGACAGUGUGUUGCCUAAUCAAAGCUUGUCGCAUGGCGUAAAGACAACAACACACAGCUGGGUUUCGGGAUAAGGCUGCAAUUUAAAGUACUUCAGACAUCUCUGACUGCAGGAAGUGAACAAGGAAGUCCAAAGAUGUCCUUCAACCUCUUUGCUUUUUCUUUUUUUAUUUUAUUUUCUCUUGUCAGACUUGGCAGCAGAUAGAUUUUUCCUGUUCAGGAUGUUUGCAAGAUACUUGCAUAUUAUUUGCUGCUAUUGGUGAGAAAUGUGCCAUUGGAAAUGUCUUUAUUUGGAAGUGCCAAACUCACUACAGUGUCGUAGAAACGAAGAAAAUACUUGUGCAUCAUGUUUUGCAUUGACCCAAGAAAAGGUUAAAGCUUUUAAUACUGUGAUAGUUUUAAACCUUCAUAACUUUCAUCCCAUAUAUCUUUUGAUCUGAUGAACUCAUAGAGAGCUGCAGACAGCCGGAUUAACUGCCUUAAGUGUAUUAAAAUUGUACAUUUUGUAUGAGAACACAUCGUGGAAUAUGAUCUAACCAAAGUUGUUGGCCAUUUGGACUUCCAAAUCAGAGAGCAGAUUGAAAGCUUUGCUUUGUCGCCUAUGUGUUUGAUUAUGUAGAUUUAUUGUGGGGCUGACUUCCUGAUUGAUUUCAAUUUUAUUGAUCAACUUGAAUUUUUGUAAUAGGCAUAUAGAUAUUUUUCUUACAUCUCUACUUUGUUAUAUGAGCUCCUUAAAAACUUGCAGAAUCCAAGAUGACUAAUAACAUUCAUAACAUUUUGUAUACAGUAUUUUAACUAGAUAUGGGGGGAUUUUAUUAGCACUGUGUAAGAUUUCUAAAGAGAAGACAUUUAGGUAUAAUUUUUGGUGGGAGGUGGUUUCCUGGCACAAAGGUGAUCCCUUGGUCUAUCCAUACAGAAAACUUAUAUUUCUUAUAUUAACACUGACUACCCCAAAGUGUUAAGUGUUGUUAAAUGGUUUGUAUAUUCAUAUACUCAUUUUUGUAUUUAUUUUACUAGAGUUUUAUAAUGUUUGUAACUCCAGGAGCAAAAACUUCUCAGUUUAACGUCGCUCUAGCAAUCCAUUUUUAGUUUCACUUGUUCUUAAUUGUAGGGUCUGUCAUUUCUUUUUCCAUUGCUUCCUUUUCUUAUUUAUUCAAAGAGCCAGAAGCUGCUUUAUUAUUACAUUAUGGUUUAAGACCACAUCUUGCAGGAAAAAACCUCAGCGACUAACUUUGCAGUCUCAAAUAAUAGAAAUAACAAUAGCUUUAGCUGGUGUUUCCUCAGAGCCCUCAGUUUACUCUCUUUGAAGGGGUUUAGGAGAGCAAGUUUACAACAUAGAGGCGAGUAAUUAUAUAGAAUAUAAAAAACUGUGAGCUAUUGUUUUGGUGGCUCCUUGGCAUACCAACAUCAUUGGGUAUCAACCUCCUUUCAUUGAUCAGAGAAGAGGGGAGCUGGAGCCUUGUAAUACCUAGCGAGCCACUGUGUCCCUGUUUCAGAUUUAUAUAAGUUUUGUGGAAUACUUUGAUGUUUUUUAAGAGGGUGAGGGGUGAUGAGCAUGUGCCAUAAACCAUCCAUAUGAAGGUUAGGGUAGUCCCCAAGGUGCCUUUCAACAUGUUUACUCUUUCCUAGGUGGUCAAAACCUGCUUUUGGCCAGGAAGCAUGCGUUUCCUUGCCCUUGCUCUCAGCUUCUCUUUCCCAAGGAUAGGUCUCACUGAGACUUGGUAUCCCUUCAAAACAUUUAAUAUAUAAUAUAAUAUAUACCUGGGAGUGGAGUGGGGAGGUCAGAAAAAAAAUUCCUGGGCUUAAUUAAACAUAAAUCCGUCUCAUCCAGUCUUCAGCUCAAUUUUCCCUACAUACACUUUAGCAUAUCCCUGAAAGCAGAAAGGCCUUACUUAGGACACUGGGUAGCCAAAAUGUUAAGAGCCUGCUGGAUCAGGCCAGUGGCCCAUCUAGCUCAGCAUCCUGUUCCCACAGUGGCCAACCAGUUGCUUAUGAGAAGCCUGAAAGUUGGACCUCUGGGUACAACAGUGCUCUCCCCACACUUGUGAUUCCAAAUUACGUAGCAUAGUGAAUCUGCUAAGUAGUUCUAGGGAAUCAAAACAUUAGCGAAGGGGUGGUAUAGUGAAACAAAUCAUGUAACCGCGGAUUGAAUAUGCUUCUCUAUAGAUCUUAAUUUUUAUAGUACUUUAGAUUUAAAAAUGUACAUGAUGGCUUUGUGGACUGUGUGGAUAUAUAUAUAUAUAUAUAUAUAUAUAUAUAUAUAUAUAUAUAUAUAUAUAUAUAUAUAUAUAAGGAGAGCACAAAAUAUGCUCUCAACAUCAAAAAAAACUAAGAUCAUGGCCACUGGUCCCAUCACCUUCUGGCAAAUAGUAGGGGAAGAAAUGGAGGCAGUGAGAGAUUUUACUUUCUUGGGUUCCAUGAUCACUGCAGAUGGUGACAGCAGUCACGAAAUUAAAAGACGCCUGCUUCUUGGGAGAAAAGCAAUGACAAACCUAGACAGCAUCUUAAAAAGCAGAGACACCACCUUGCCGACAAAGGUCCGUAUAGUUAAAGCUAUGGUUUUCCUAGUAGUGAUGUAUGAAAGUGAGAGGUGGACCAUAAAGAAGGCUGAUCACCGAAGAAUUGAUGCUUUUGAAUUAUGGUGCUGGAGGAGACUCUUGAGAGUCUCAUGGACUGCAAGAAGAUCAAACCUAUCAAUUCUUAAGGAAAUCAGCCCUGAGUGCUCACUGGAAGGACAGAUCCUGAAGCUGAGGCUCCAAUACUUUGGCCACCUCAUGAGAAGAGAAGACUCCCUGGAAAAGACCCUGAUGUUGGGAAAGAUUGAGGGCACAAGGAGAAGGGGACGACAGAGGACGAGAUGGUUGGACAGUGUUCUCAAAGCUACCAACAUGAGUCUGACCAAACUGCGGGAGGCAGUGGAAGACAGGAGUGCCUGGCGUGCUCUGGUCCAUGGGGUCACCAAGAGUCGGACACGACUAAACGACUAAACAACAACAACGUAUAUAUAUAUAUAUAUAUAUAUAUAUAUAUAUAUAUAUAUAUAUAUAUAGCAGCCUUGUUUGGGGAUUUUCACACCUCUGUUAGUCUGUGAGAAAUGUAUUCUGCAACAGAACUGUUCUAAUUCUGUAAUAUAUUGUUCGUGUGUUAUAUUAAUUACCUGCAUUACUGAGACCUCGGCUUAGAUAAACUGACAAAGUUGCAUAAAAUGGUAAUCAGAUGUAUUCUUGAAUGCUGACAGUUCAACAGAGCAUCCCUAAGGAAAAGGAGAAAAGAUUAUUAAAGUGGACCAGUUCUUUUACAGUCUUACAGCACAGUUCUGCACAAAUCUGCUUGGAGGUACUUCCCACUGUAUUCUUUGGGACUUACUUCCAUGGCGGUGUGUGUUAGGAUUGUAACCUUAAGUUUGCACUUGAUUAAUAACUGGAUUGGUGUUAUUUUGUUAAAAUAUUUUAAGUUCACAUUAUGAAAUGUUCAGGCUUGUUAAUUUAAAAUUAAUUUUUAAGUAAGGUAAAUUUUCUUUUGUAUUUUAUAAUUACUGAAAGUAAUACUGUGGUUCAUGCAAGCAAAAAAUAAAUAAAUUUGUAACUCUGCAUUAAAAUGGGACUUUUGCUAUAGAGGGGCAUCUUCCUUGUUAUGCUCUCCCCCACUUUCUACGUAAGCAGCACUGCUGACAUGAAAAUACUUUGCAUGCUGUUUGUGUGAAUUGUAAGAACAUUGGAGGAUUGUCACUGCUAAUAUGCUGCAGAAUUUCAUUUGGAUAUUUGUAAGGGGGGGGGAAGUGCCUGAUGUUUGGAAAAAAACAUAAAAUAAUCCUUUGUACAAAGCCAUAAAUGUGUAUAUAUAUUGCUUUAAUCGUGUUGUCUUUCAUUUGAAGACUUGUAUGCUGAUAAAGGAUUCUGCUUCUUUGUUACGAUUUGUAAUCACUCAGAUAAUUGUGCAAAGGGCUUAAAAAACCUUUCUAAUUUAUCUCUACUGCAAUCCUGUGAGGUGGCUUAUUUUUGUAUGGUGUCUUGGGCAUCUUUCAUUAGCAAAGUGACCUAAUUUAUUUUAUAAAGACAUAGGUAAUUCAUAUUUUUGUUUAUAUAAUGCGUAGCUGAAGCUAAGGGGCGAGAGACCUGCCAAAGGUUAGGCAGUAAGUCAAUAGCUACUUUAUUUUUCAGCCCAGAUCUCCCACAUUUAAAUCUCAACAUUGCAUUCACUGAACCACUUAAGAUCGUUCGUGUUCCUUUUUCUCUCACGAUCCUCCACACUUCUUGUACUACCCCAAAGCAAAGGUCUGGAAUCUCUUGUACUACCCCAAAGCAAAGGUCUGGAAAUCUGUAGAAAUCUAGAUUGUAAACAGUACAACUGUGCCACCUGUGAGUCAGCUCAGCUGGCAUGAUGUAUUCCAAAUGUGGAAUCUAGAUAUGCAUUGUUUUUGGAUGCCUUCAUUUCAGAAAGCUCCACCACUCAAGCCAGCAGGAACUAUUGUUGGACUUAGAAAAAUGAAAUCACUAAAGAGAAACAAGCCACGCAAUUCAGAUGCAACAGGCCACUCCAACAUACCAGUUUGCAUAUGAAUGUGCCACAAGCUGGAGCUCCUUCCCUGCUCCUUUUGUUUGCAGAGGAGACUACCUCGCUUCUUAAACCAGUUUCCUAUGACAUCCACUAUUAAAAAUCUGCUUAAUUGUGCUGGUCAAGAACUGUAAUCCAUCCAUCCAUCCAUCCAUCCAUCCAUCCAUCUGCUUAAAUUAGAGCAGGCAUAGGCAAACUCAGCCCUCCAGAUGUUUUGGGACUACAACUCCCAUGAUCCCUAGCUAACAGGACCAGUGGUCAGGGAUGAUGGGAGUUGUGGUCCUAAAACAUCUGGAGGGCCGAGUUUGCCUAUGCCUGCAUUAGAGUUUAAGAAACUAGAAAGUCUCUGUAUAAAAACAAGGAGAGAAGUUGGAGGCAGCCGAGCUUGUGAUAAUUUGCUAGUGUGCAAAAUAUGGUUGGGAGUAGUUUGUUAUGGCAACAACAAGGCCAUAUGGUUCAGUACCUCUCGAGUUGGAGAAUUCUGGGUUCUGUUCUUCAGAAUAGUGUUUUGCUGCUAUUCGUGUUGAGGUAUUGGGGAAUCAAGCUAGGUAGGAGCAGGUUUGGGUGAUUCCACACAGCUGGCAUUUUCACAAAGGGAAACCAGCUGCGUGCAUGCAGUGGGGUAGCAAGCAGACAGCUAAGCUGAGCAGAGACACAAGCAACACUUACCGACACAAAUCCCAUAGAAUGGAAAGCUACCUUUUUAUGAGUACAAAAAGUAUAUAAUAGUGUUCCUUGACAGCUUGAAAUCUGAGAUGACUCAAUUAUUGCCUUACAUUUAAAUGUACAGUAUCUGUUUGUGUAUUCCUUGAGUUCAGGUAGCUUAGAAACUGAAUACAACCAUCUCACAUACAUGUUUUGACAUUUUUAAAGAGAUUACUGAACAACACAGAAUCAGCCCUAAUCCUCAAAAGCUAACUUUAAAAAGAGGUCUGCACCUUAGUUUAAAACCUGAAGGUAUGUGCAUCCUUGGAGAGCACAACAUCCAAGCAGCAAUGGAUAUGCUCUGUCCUGCAGCUGAUCUACCUUAUGUGAUUCCCCCUUGCCAGUUUAAGGAAAGAGAGAUUCACAGAGAAGAUUCUCUGCAGAAUAGUGUUUUAAUAUUUCUGUUGGGGAAAGGACUAAGGAAUUCUGCACCAACUAAGCUGUUGAACAGCCUGUGUAAUGUUAUAGUUGUCCAGCCUAGGCAUUGCAUGGGAUACCUGACACCUGACAGAGACAGGAUCCUUGUUUCCCAGGAGCAAAUAAAGUCAUUUUUAGUGUACCUACCAAAAUAAAUCUUGGCCACAAGCACCAGCUGUUUCUCACAUAGCUGAGUUCAGUAGUGAUUGCCAACAGGCUACCUGCUCUAACAGGAGUAACCUUUGUUUCAUUAACACACACACACACACCCCAAUUCAGCUUUAGCCUGACAAAAUAGUAGCUCGCUUCAAGGCUUUUUCUUCUAUUUACAGCAGACUAAGUGAAAACCUUUCAAGUGCAAAUGUGACACACAAAAACCUGCCUUGACCAGGAAAAUGCAGAACACAAAGCUUCAAGUCCCCAUUUACAGACCUCUGUUUUCAGAGGAUGGCAUUAACUUGCUGAUGGUUUCGAUCUUGAGAAUCCUGGAUUCCAUCAUAAAUCGGAAGCAAAGGGCAGCCAAUUCUGGGGAACAAGAUUAUGUGCUUUUUUAUGCUCUUUGGCACGCUGCUUAGCUUAAUAAAAGAGAACAUCAGCCAGGAGUUCUCCAUCUGAAUGAUCCCUUAAAGAAAUGCAAAAACUACAUAUUCCACAAAAUAGGCAGGAAUGCAAUGAUUUUAGGCCAGGGGUCAGCAAGCCUUUUCAGCAGGGGGCCAGUACACUGUCCCUCAGACCUUGGGGGGGGGGCCGCUGGACUAUAUUUUUUUUGUGGGGAGGAAAUGAACGCGUAAGCGUUUACUGUGUGUGAGAGGGUAUUUUAUAAACUGCCAGGGGGUGAAUUGACUACACUUUUCCAACAAGCAUUCUGCCACCUACAAAAGCUCCUUGUAAUGAGCACUAAAUAGAAUUUAACAAGGAAAUGCUAUUCUUCAGGGUAGUGAAAAAUCUCUUAUUAAAUUCACUUCUAAGUAGGUUGUGAUUACACAAGGCACCUCUGCAUCUUUCUCUAACCCACUGCCUCUAUGUAUGCCUCUCCAUACAUAUCACCCUAUACUUCUAGCUCUUCCACCUCCCCUUCCCUGACAUUCACCUAUCUCAGAGUCAAGCGUGCUACAGGUGAUGAUGAAGUUCACACCUAUAAAAUGGCAUUCUUAAGCAGGACAUUUUGAAUUCAAAGAAAAAGCAGCUGGGGCCCUUGAACGGAAAUGUGGUCAAUAUUUCAGUAGUUUUGUGCAUCAAAUCUCUCUUCCACUCCAGCUAUUUGAGGUCAAUGGAGCGGCUUCCAUGGACAAAUAGGUUUUCAAUAGCACAACUAAGCUGCAUACGUCUUCCCUCAGAGGGCAACUCCAUCUAGAACAGGCAAGAUCCCCCAAAUCCUCUGUGUUAUUAAAUCAAAUAAGAACAGCGUUAAAAAGUUACAAAUGCACAGGUUGCUCAGAAGCCCCCCCUUUCUCCCUUCAGUAAAUACUGCACAUGCAAAAAAUAGACAAAAUCUGACCAAAAAGCCCGAUAAGGCUUGCACAUGUAUAGUGCGCUAAGAAUGGGAACUUGAAAGUUCUGAGCUGCAGUUUAUCAUUAGCGAGGAGAGGGCUUAACUAUGAUCCCAGGUCUGUGUGCUCCCUGCAUGUCAUACUUUGGCCUACCAUGCCCUGCCAAUCAGACUACAAAGUACAAGGCAGCAACCACUUCCUGGUCACACAUCACACUAAACCAUAGUUUAAAACAAGCUAUGGCUUAAUGUGAACAAACAGCAUGCUAGUGCAUACUGCUCAAAAGUUAUUGCUCCACUCUUCCUGUUCCUGUAUCACUGCUCAGAAAUAAGCUAGAGUAUGGCUUGUCAUGACGUUCAACCCUGGACUUGUGGUCUGGAGAGAAACCACCAGCUCAAAUUUGAAUGUUGCCACACGUCAGGGACUUGUUUCCUGACAAUUCAGCAUCAGUAGGAUAGGAGGAGCAGAACUUUUCUACAGCAUAUAAGUGGCAUGCUCAAUAUUCACAUUAAACCACAGUGCUUUUUAAAUUAUGGUUUUAGGAAACAAUCAAAAGGUGGCAGGCAUUGUCCAUACCUUGCUAUUUUGUUUGAUCUCUGGGUGUGGCCGUUAUAAAUUCUUUGGCUUGUAGAGGUGGAUUCUUCUGAGCAUUUUUAUCUAACCAGUGGCAGAGCGUUCUCUGCUGGCGCCCAGGACAAGAAAAAGCACCAGAGCAACUCCCGCUCACUGGAGCUAAGUGGAGCCAUGCUGCGCCGCCUGCCCAGCCAUGUAGUGAGGAGCCCAGUCAGCCGACUUGGCCGGCCCUGCCCUGCUUUGAGGGGUGCACUCAGAGUGCCCUGCAAGCCCAACACUGCUUUGCAAGACCUGCAAAAAAUGGCACAGGGCUUGCCGAGUGCCUUGAGCUGUUGUGUCUUUCUCAAGGCACCCACCAGCUGGAGAGCAGUGUGAGAAGCAUGCAAGAGCUCAUGGCAGAGCAGGGCAUCGUGAAGAAAGCGUCGCCCCCCAAAAAAACUGCACUUGGGGCAACGCCCCCCCUGCAGCCCCCCAUACUACACCUCUAUCUAUCUAUAAUCUCCCAAAAGUAUAAAAAUAAUUCCAAGGUAAUAUCCACAUGUAGUUGGUUCUGGUACACAGGCUGAGACCCUGUACUUGUUCGCAGACUGUCUCGCCAGAGUGGUGCAUGCUCUAGUUAUCUCCCGCUUGGACUACUGCAAUGCGCUCUACGUGGGGCUACCUUUGAAGGUGACUCGGAAACUACAACUAAUCCAGAAUGCGGCAGCUAGACUGGUAACUGGGAGCGGCCGCCGAGACCACGUAACACCGGUCUUGAAAGACCUACAUUGGCUCCCAGUACGUUUCUGAGCACAAUUCAAAGUGUUGGUGCUGACCUUUAAAGCCCUAAACGGCCUCGGUCCAGUAUACCUGAAGGAGCGUCUCCACCCCCAUUGUUCUGCCCGGACACUGAGGUCCAGCACCAAGGGCCUUCUGGCGGUUCCCUCAUUGCGAGAAGCUAAGUUGCAGGGAACCAGGCAGAGGGCCUUCUCGGUAGUGGCACCUGCCCUGUGAAAUGCCCUCCCACCAGAUGCAAAGAGAAAAACAACUACCAGACUUUUAGAAGACAUCUGAAGGCAGCCCUGUAUAGGGAAACUUUUUAAUGUUUAAUAGAUUAUUGUACUUUAAUCUGUUGGAAGCCGCCCAGAGUGGCUGAGGAAACUCAGUCAGAUGGGCGGGGUAUAAAUAUAUUAUUAUUAUUAUUAUUAUUAUUAUUAUUAUUAUUAUUAUUAUUAUUAUGCAAGGGACCCAGCAUGUGGCCAGCUUUCAUGGACAAUACAUUCAGCAAACUUGGGCAUUCUACCUUUUGUUUUGGCCAUUUGUUCCUGCCUGCAGGGCUGAGUAGGGAGAAAAUUUCAGUUUCCCAUUAACACUCUUCCAUUGUUACUGCAUGUGUAUUUGAAUUAAGACACUUUCAAGGUGAAAAGAGAGCCAAAAGGGACAAAGAACUGCACCUAGGAGCAGAGGGGAGAACAAUAAGCAAGAGACCUAGUGAACUGACCUUAGUUUUACCUUUCAGCCGAAAAGCAUGAUGGGUGCUCCCAUGUCAACAGCCUGCUGGUAUCAUCUCAAAGUGACUUUUGUUUUCAUGAGGUUUAAAGGAACAAUGAUCUCAUUUCUCGACUCACACCCUCUGCUGUGCUAAAAGAGCUGUUUACAGAGCUCGGCAAGUCCUGGGGUGUGCAUUAAAUGCAAACAUAUACAAUCUGUAUCACACCAGCCACGUCUGAUGGCCCACGUGGUUUCUGCAGUCUGUCUGGGAGAGCAAAACCAGGGCGGGGGAUUGCCAACUGCCUGGCAAGUCACGUAAUAGCUAGCCGAUGGGCUGCUUUUGCCUUGGUGGGUCUCACGCACACAGAGUGGGACCAAUUCACUAUUAAUUAGCUAUGGGCACAGAAUCCUAGGUUUGGAAGGAGUCCCGCAGACCAUGUGGCCCAGCCCCGUCUUAUAGCCUAGCACAGGGGUUGGCAAUCUAAGGCCCAUGGGACACAAGCGGCCCACGGGGGUCAUUUAACCGGCCUAUGAGCCGCCCCCCAACUGAGCUGCCUGCUCGGCGAGUCCCCAUGCGCUGCGCUAAAGCGGUGUGGCACAGUGCAGGGACUCGCUUCUGCGCAGACGGAGACACAGACGCCGAAUAUCGCGUAGGCGCAGAUGCAGAUGCUGGAAAUCACGGGCGCGCAUGCUUGGGCGCACACGUGAUCCAGCCCACGGAGGUAUCUCCGCUGGAGUGAACCGGCCCAGGCAAGGUAAGCCUUGCCGACCCCUGGGCUAGCGGGUUACCUCGUUUUCCCUUCAAAUCCUCCCAAAAAGGAUACGCAGAACUGCUAUUUUGAAAGGUCCUAAUGGUUUCCAUCAUGGGGAGGGAAGCCGAGGUCCUCCAGAUGCUACAGGACUCCAGCUCCCCCCAUCUCUAGCCAAAUGACCAAUGGUCAGGAAUGAUGGCUGUUGUAGUCCAACAAUAUCAGGAGGGCUACAGUUUCCCUACCCCCUGGUUCACAUAGAUCAGUGUUUCCCAAACUUGGGUCUCCAGCUGUUCUUGGACAACAGCUCCCGUCCCCCUAGCUAGCAGAACCAGUGGUCAAGGAUGAUGGGAACUGUAGUCUGGAAAAACAGUUGGAGACCCAAGUUUAGGAAACACUCACACAGAAGCAUAUUCUCACUGCUUCUUUCCCUGUCUUGACCCUUCACUCCAUCUUUUUGACUUCCAUCUCCAUGAUUAAAAAUUGUCAAUAUACAGCUGCCUCUCCUAGGCGCUUCCAUCUUUCUCCAUGGCCUCUUCACCACCGCCACUCAACCCUAGUGGCUAUGAUGAUGAACGGAGCCAUUUGUCAGAUUGUAAACUGAGUAGCCCCCCUUUAGCUUCUAGGGUUGCCACUUGUUUUCUGAACAGUUAGCUAGCUGGUUGAAGUCUUUCCACAGAUAUAAAUAAUGGAUGAUUCACCUGCUAAAUCACAGGAUCAGGGCCAGAACAGGGGGGGGGGGAUGCCACCUCCUAUCUAAGCACCCUUUUAACUUAAAGACCUUUGUUUUCUUGCAAGUGAGUCAGCACUACCGGCAUGGCAAUGACUCAUGAGCCACACACAUGACCCAUCUGGGGCAACCGAGAAAUCUUUGCUUUGAUCUCGACUCCAAGGUUCAUUGGCUAAAUUAAAUAACAAGCUUUGGCUUUCACACCUUGCCAGUGUCCAGUGAGUGAGUCUACUUCUGGCAGCUCACAGCCUCCUGUAGGUAAGUUUUAGAACACACCUAUUUGUAUCUCAGUUUCAGGCCCCUUAAGUUCAUAACGCAAAAUACAUCAGCCAUUGCUUUCUUUUGUUAUUUAGGAAUGUGGCUUUAUUAGUUAACUGUGCAUAAGGACUUCUUACUGAUUUCUCAGAAAUGUAUCUCAUUAUCUCGCCUGUUUUGUUUUAAUAGAAAUAAACCUAUCGCUUCUUGAUUUACCAGGGUGAUGGGACACAAAAAGGCGGAUUCCCCCAUUUUUAAAUAAAAUAAAAGCCAGCAGUUCUGUACAUCUCCCACCAGCCUUCAGCAAAACACUUUGGUUCCUUAGGACAGAAACCAGCAAGAAAGAGAAACAUGGCAAAUUUUUAAAUUAGCCUUGUUGGAGAUGAAUUUUAGGUGGUAUCCUAAGUGAGGUCCUUAAUAAGGAUGCAAAGUGGAAGAAGCAUGGCAGACAAUGUAAUCAGUGGUUCCCAAACCUUUUGAGCCUUCACUCACUUGGGUCCAUAAAUUCAUCCUCGGUGCCCCCUACCCUACCCUAUAAAAAGCAUUAUCCAGGACAGCGGUUUGCAUGACCCACUAAGGAAAAUAACAGAACCUCAUGAUCACAGCACAGGUUAUGUAAUAUAAUUAGAUGGGAGACAUCUGGAUUGCCAGUAACACCUGUGAAAAGGAUCUAGGGAUCUUAAUGGACCACAAGCUUAACAUGAGUCAACGGUGUGGUGCAGCAGCCAAAAAGUCUAAUGCUAUUCUAAGGCUGCAUCAACAGAAGUAAAGUGUCCAGAAUCAAGGGAAGCAAGAGUACUGUUCUGUUCUGCCUUGGUCAGACCACACCUGGAAAAUUGUGUCCAGUUCUGGGCGUCACAAUUUAAGGAGGAUAUUGACAAGCGGGAACGUGUGCAGAGGGGGGUAACCAAGAUGAUAAAGGGUCUGGGUGGAAACCAAGCCUUAUGAGGAACGGUUGAAGGAAUUGAGUAUGUUUAGCCUGGAAGAGAGAAGAAUGGAGACGUGAAAAGAGAAGCCUGGAAAAGAGAAGAAUGGAGACGUGAUAGCCAUCUUCCAGUGUUUUUCAACCACUGUUCCGCGGCACACUAGUGUGCCGCAAGAUGUUGCCUGGUGUGCCGUGGGAAAAAUUGAAAAAUUCGAAAGAUUUU